AUGGGAUUAAUCUGUGUGUCCACCAGUACAGACCAAAAUCCUGCAACUUCACUAUUCUUGAAUGAAGAUCUUGUAUUUGAGUCCAAGGAACAAAUCCAAAAAAACUGGUACCUUCCCUCUAAGAGAUGGCUCCUCAUUUCCUGCGCAGCAUUCCUUGUACUUGGCAGUAUCGCAGCAGUGCUGAGUCUUUUGAUAACCUUUGGUAUACCUGUGAAACCUACAAGCUCAUCAUAUCGGCAGUGUAAAAUGGCUUCAAAGCAGCUUGGCUUUUUGUGUGAUGAUCUCACCACCUGCAUACCACCGUCCCUGCUUUGCAAUAGAAAGCUAGAUUGCAGUCAUGGAGAAGAUGAAUCCAAAGCAUAUUGUGGUCAAAUACCCAGCAGUCUACCUCAAAAUUUGAUAUUUAAGUGUCCUAACUGGAAGACAUGGACUUAUAUAGACAAAGUCUGCGACAUGAGGAAUGACUGUGGAGACUGUUCAGAUGAAUCAGGUCUGCAGUGCUCAACUUGUUCUGGCUGGAGAUGCAAUACUGUUUUCUUUGCUGAUUGUGACUGCAUUCCCAGAGCACGCUGCAAAGAUGGUGUACAAGACUGUGCUGACUGGAGCGAUGAAAACACAUGUGUACAGACUAAUUUCACCAAUCUAUGA